AUGAGAGGCAAAACAGAUCAGAAAGAUAAAUCUGGACGAGAAGGUCUGUUGGACGAACCUGGAGCAGAACCAGGCGUUGCAAGCACAUUGCCAGUUCCAGGUCGACCCAAAACUGUGGGAGGUGUAGCAAGUGAAAGGGGUGAAAGUGUGCAAAGCGCGCCGCGUUUGUCACGGCUAGCAUCUGGCACACAUAGACCUCCAAGGAGUGCAUCUGCUGCAUCCUGCGCGGAUCCUCAAGAGCAACAAUGUGCAGAGGAGGAGUGCGAUGCGGACGAAUGUGGUGAUGAACGCAAACCGCCUGCUGAUAGUGUUGACUGCUUUGGCAACGACAAGCGCCCCUACCUUCCCCUAAUGCUUUUCGGGACCACGCUGAUUGGUGCUUUGCACAUGUUGAUGAUUCAAUUUCCACUUAUCAGAGAUGAAUUAUCUUGGGGCUAUUCAAUCCGGGCUUUCUUCUUAUGCAUUUAUGUCAUGACGCUCAGUUGCUUGGUCUACUGCGUGCUUUGUGAUCCUGGCAAACUUCCAGUGAAAGAGAUGGAGGUCUUUGUACAGACGCACGCAUCAGGGGAGCUUCCAAGGAGAUGUCAUAAGAUGUGGUUGUUCAAGCAACCAAUUCGAAGAUACGAUCACUACUGUCGCUGGUUGACCAAUGCAGUGGGACUGCUGAACCACCGAGAGUUUGUCUUGAUGCUGGCUGGGCUCCUGACAAUUGGUCUUGGCGGAUGCUUGGUGGACUUUAUUUUGGUAGUUUGGACCUCGAGUGAAGGGAGGCAUUUUACUGGCUUCUUGUUGAUAAUGCACCUAACGUACUCCGUUAUUCUGUCGCUCUUGACUGGACCAAUCCUGCGCUUGCACAUCACGUUUGUAUCCAGGAAUGAGCUUGCCAAUGAGUACAAGCAUAAUCUCUUUCAAGUGGUCAGAGAUGCGACUGGAACGGCAGUACAGGUCAAUGAACUGGACGAUGCAGAGUUUAAUGCAGGCCGGCAAUGCCAGGCAAUGGCUGACAAGGGCCUCAAAGAUUCCAAUCGCACCCAGUCGUUGCCAAGUAUAGCCUACCGCGCAGAGAAGUCAGAAAGCAAACGUGGAAUCUUCAAAUCGCAACAGAAUUGCAGCAUCCCCGAAAGCGACGAAGUCACAGAAGCCAGGGGAAUUGGCACCGCUGGAUCACCCUGCCGUUGUGUGCAGGGUGUGUGCUUCUCCUUGUUCGAGCGCUUCAAGGAGAGCCGGCAGCAUUUGUUCAUCCUCCAAGCACGAGGCUUCACCGGACUGCUAGAGGAGCAGAAGGUGAUGAAAGUGCUGAGUCCCUCAGGCGUCGGGCCAGGGAGUGACCAGGUAGUAAUCUUCAGGGCGCGGGUUGCGCAACUGGAGAUGAAAUUGGCCGAAAAGCUUUUGACACCGGAUGACGUGCCAGAGGAAGAGCGCGCCCCGUCUGUGCUGCAACCACUGGUAGAUGCUGCAGUGAAGGAGGUCCCUGAGUUACAAGCCGUGGAAGACGCGAGGAUGGGCAUGACUGAGGACAAGAUGUAUGUCUUCCAAAUGGGAAAUGCUUCUGGGAAGCAGGCUAUCUACAGACGCAAGUAUGAGGUCAUGGGUAUGGUCCUCACGCAACAGGAAGAAUUCUUGAAGGCAAGCCGCAAGGCAGUCAAAAGUGCCAAGUCCUCUCCGGCUAUCAAGGAACUGAUGGAGCUAAAGAAGAACGGUGGACUGGGAAUGACCAAGAAAGGGAUUGCCAAAGAGAUUUCCAGAAUUGAAGCAAAUGACAACAUGGCUGCUAUCAUUUUCAGGGAUGUGAUUCCCAAACUGGAGGAGAACCCGCUGGGAGAUGCCCUUGGCUAUCUCAGUGCAACCUUUCUUUUGAUUCUGGUGCUGGCACUCUUCUCUCUUUGCUUGGUGCCUCCUGUCAUCAAUCCAGAUGAGUAG